AUAAACUCUAACCUCAAAAACAGAUUAAAGAGAGGUAAAUUCAAAAAGAUAUAUCUUUUUGGAUAAACUGAAAGUGACUUCGUUAACGUGAAUUGGGAUUCACCUCGAAUUCAGAAAACAUUUUUCCUGAAUAAAUCUCAAAAAAAAACUAUGUCGGAACCUUCGACAUCCAAAGAAUCUACAGCUUUGAAAACUCCUAUGGUAUACAUUUGUGGUGAAUGCCAUCAUGAGAACGAAAUUAGACCUAGAGAUCCUAUACGAUGUAGAGAGUGUGGUUACAGGAUAAUGUACAAGAAAAGAACCAAGAGAUUGGUUGUUUUUGAUGCAAGAUAAAUAGGUUUUCAAUUAAUGGAUGAACGUGUGGGGGGAAUUGAAAUAGCAGGUCUUUUCUCUUCAUUUUUAUUAACCAACUGUCCAUGAAGAGUGGCUCCUCAUCAUUCUUGAUUUUCUUCUCAACAAAAUUAUGCAUACAACAAGUAAUAGCAGGAGAAAUACCAGUAGACCACACAAGAUAACAUUUUUGAUUCCAGUGGCAGGUCCUAUGGAAAUAAAGUGAUGAGUGGGUUUUCUUCAUUUUCAACAUGUUCAAUUACCUGUAUUGCUUAAUUCAACUGAAAUAAUUGACUGAUUGAUAUUGUAUUUACUCAAAUAAAACUUUCCGAGUAGAUCAUUCCAAAAUAAAA